AUGUCAAUAUCUUUUGCACCUUCUACUUGGCUUAUAUAUUACUGUUAUAUUGUUGGAGCAGUCUCAUUUGUUUUAAACGUUCUAGUAAUAUUGAUCAUCAUUUUUAAAAGCUACAAAAUUGUCGAGUUUCAAUAUAUGCUCCUAGCUUUUCAGAUCUCAUGCACAAACUACGUGCUUCAACUGACAAUUCUCUCCCAGCCAAUGAGUCUUUUCCCGAUUCUUGCAGGACAUUGCGAAGGGUUCUUGGCCUCCUAUUUUGGAAUUUGGUCGCAUUAUUUGAUUACGUUGAUUCUAGUGUCAGCUAUUGUCGAAGCACAGAUUCUCAUCGGUUGCGUGGUGUUCAAGCAUCAGGCGAUUGCACAAGUUUUGAACAAGCAUGUUGUAUCGAAAAAGAUACGACUUCUACGUAAAAGUUCCUAUGUUUUCGUCCCCGGCUCCGCAUUUUUGACAUUCUUGCAAGGAAGUACCAGAAGAGAGGAUCAGCUGAAAUUUAUUGAAUCUCGAUAUCCAAAAUAUCUAUCUGAAUUCAAAAAUCUCUCCAACUUUGCAAUAUACCAGUUCAACAUUUGGCAUGUUUUUCUAGCAAUUGUUGGGGUUAUCGGAGGGAUGUUCUGCGCAAUAACUGGAGUUUAUACUACAGUAGAUAUUUUCAAAAUGUUACAAGAGGUGCAGACAAAAGUGUCUAGUUCAAGCUUUCAACGCUAUCAAUCUGCAAUUCGUAGUUUGGUAUCUCAAAUGUUUGCUUCUUUGAUGCUAUUUGUUCCGUUGUUCAUUUUUGUGAUGCUUAUAACCGGUGUGGAUAAUGGGCAAUUUAUUGGAGAACUUCUGCAAUCAAUUUGUGCGUUGCAAUCUAUUGUGAACGCGGUGGUGUUAAUAUUCACAACGCCCAGUUAUCGAAAUUUUGUUCUACGACAACUUCCUCAAUCUCGAAUCUUUGGGUCUUCCCGCACUAAUACAAACUUUCGAAUCCAGACACCUGGCAUCUCUGCGCCUCCAAGAAUCAUCACUACUCUGUAG